GUCCAUUUUCAAAGACAAUAACACACACGGAAUUUUUUAAGUAUCCCUUCCGUUUCAUCGUGUCACCAUUUUUUUCGUUUCGUCGAAGGAGAAAGGGAUAAACCCUUCCGAGUUAAAUCAACGAAUAGACAAUAAUUAUCGUUCGUUUUUGCUCAAAGGGUCCAUUUCUGUCUUCUUUGACACGCCUCGUGUAAGAAUCGAGCUGGAGAUGAUUUUUAAUUACAACACCUUUUAAUAUUGCUCUCGUGAUAAGUGUCCUUAGAGAUACGAAUUUUAUUAUUCGUUUCUGUUUUCCUAUGAAAAUUCCCAGCGGGUCGUUGAAGUAUCAAAGAUUGACCGAGGGAUCGCGAGGCUGGUAGGCGGAUGACAGAGCAGAAUGAAAGGGAGAAAAGGAUAGAUAUUCAACGAGCAGAAGCGAAAGAGAGAAAGAGUAGGUCUAGUUGGGGAGGCUCGUAUUGAUCGUUCCUGGGUCCAUGUGACGCGCUUGCGUUUCGCCGUGGGGUAAAAUCGUGGCGAGGGUAAACUACGGGAGAGAGGGUGGAAAAGAGAGCGAGGGAGACGGAGAGAGAUCGGUGUGCCGGGGUUCAUAUACCCCCAGGGUAACUGCAACGUUCCAUCGUGCCACCGACCAAUCAAUGGAGCUUCUCUACUUCUCUGUCUCUCCCUCUUUUUCCUUCACCCCGUUCAUUCGUCAUUCUUUUUAUUCCUCCUUUCCCGGCUCUUCGUCCAUCAUCCUGUGGCCACGUAACACGAUUGGAUCGGCUAUUUUGAUUUUCGGAGAAUCUCAAAAAAAUCUAAUCACAUUUCGUGAUCAUCGAUCUAACCAUAAGCAGACGCUUCUUCUUUGUUUUUUUUUCCUCCCCAAGCAUUUGUUUACCUUACGUAAUCACUCUUUGUGGACUUCGAGGCGAGUCGUAAGGUUUCCUCGGAUACUUCGUGAUACGAUCAUUCGAGCCGAGAGGCGAUCAGGAAUCGGUGAAAAUUGGUUGGUUGUUGCGAAACCGCAGGGGAGGAAUUAAUCGAUCGCACCUUAAUUAGCGUAACGAUUACGUGCUCGCUUGAUCGAUUCACCAGGUUCUGUUUUCUGUUUCCCUUAGUCGGGGUCGAGUAGCUUUCGUGCAGAUGCUCGUUAAAAUCCUCGUCAUCCCUCUUUCAUGUUUCAACGAUAAUACCAACCCUCUGAUGUAGAAUACCGCUAGUCUGUUCCAAAAGUAAAACAUUUUCUUCAUCGUUUAUUUUUUAUUAUGACAUUUUCUCUCAGUGUUUCCAUGAUUUCUCCUUGUUUUUAACGAGUCGAGGGUUCGACGAACCCUGAAGAAACUUUACGGUCGUACGUACAUGCGCGUCGAUGAACAGAGGUGGGGCCAACCCCCGAAAAACCGAAGCUUCGACAGCUGGAUCACGAUCAUACGAAAGAAGAGGGUUUGCCUUUUCGAAUAAGAAUGAUUCACGAUCUAUAUGCUUCUCCAUGAUUUCGAUUCUGCGUUUAAUGGUCGAUCAUUCUGCUGAAGUUUCAUGGGUAUUGUUGAGAACGUAGACACCAGAUGGGCAUUUGGUACGCGAAUGAGAAAUGAUUAGACUGAUCUUUCGAGCUAAAUCGAAAGAAUUUCUUUAUGUUCAUUGAUCAAGGAUUUAGUCUUCUAUUGUAGCUACGAUGAUAAUCAAAACUCAACUAAUUUGUAUAAUUCCAUCUAUUUGUUUCAUGAUUUUCAUCCUUCCUGAUGGUCGAUUUGGUGGAACGUGUUUCCAUGGGUAUUGUUAAAAAAAUGGCACCAGAUGGGCCUCGCGAAUGAAAACGAUCAGAGGGUGUACAAGUGUGUGCUUGUGAAAUAUAUUAUUAACCGGGUUUAUUUCAACGGAUAGGUAAAUUGUAUCAAGGUGAAUCGAUGGCUAUAGUACCAUAGGUGGGGAGGGGGUCAACUUGUCGAAAAUUGUAGUGCGUGUGAACCCUAGCUUUGAAUCGCAUGCUUCUUUUAUAGGACAAACUAAAAUUAAAGUUGAAGAAUGCCCUUCAUUAAAGAAGGUCGUCGCAUUUCCGGUUAGUAGGGAAUAACUGGAAUAGCGGCAGCUCACAAUCAAGGGUUGCACCUUGGAAUUCCUCGAGGGGGCCAAAGUAAAAAGAUGGCGAUUUAUAUUUUUCAACUUGGAUAGUUUUUAAAUGUCAGCUAUUUGCCUUUCGAAAUUAAAAAAAGCAGAACCAUGAAGCCUGAAACUUUUGGAUUUUACUUAUUUACUUAAUCGUAGGGUCGUUGUUCUUGUUGCUAAGGCGAUCAGAGGCCAGCAAACUUUCAUAAUUCCAACGGUAAUGCGGCAGAACUUCCUGUCCCACCGUGUGGCUGGUUUUAAAGCUACCGAGUAUAAUGGAACAUAUUCGCAUAUGCGUCAGCUACGUGUCCCUAUUUCUUUCUUUCUCUUUUUUUCCAUUCCGCAUCUGUUACAAGUCCUGUCGUUCUGGUCCCAGUUUCUCUCCCUUAUUUUUUUCAUUCUCUGCCACAAUAACUAGACAAUACCUAUGAUUUUUCCGUGGUGAUGAUAUUGGGCAAUGAUAUCAUCUCUUAUCAUAACUUUAAUAGACAGGAGACCGAGAAACCUUUCUACCUCGACUAUGUAUAUUCAUAGUAUUUAACGCGGAUAUAUUUAUAAUUUCACUCGUACAUAGUCGGUUCAUGUCAGAAACUAUUCAUGGAAUCGCUACUUUCGAACAUUGUGUAAUCAGACUGUGCUUUUUUUUUUUAACUUGUAAAAACGAUUACGCGUGGUUCCGCAUAAGGGUGACGCAAGACAGCGGAAACGAAUUUCCGAAAACACAAACUCUCGGUUAUUGGCACGACCGCCAAGUGUUGCUCGGCUUGUUUCGUCAGCGGCGCAUAAUUUUGGCCCGUCGUCAUUUUAGAGACUGGCCUCUUGAUCUCCAGAGAUAAAGGCAGGGUAAGGUCAGGGAUGCCGAGCUUUUUCUCAACGUUCCUGUUCGUCCAUAACUUUCAUUCAAUUUUUAUCAUUUUUAGAUGUACCAAUGUUUGAGAAAAUCUAACGAAAUUUUGUUUAUCGAUUUCCUUGGAAAGAUUCAAUUUCAUGGUCUCUGGCAAAUGGCCACCAUCGAAUCUCAACGAUGUAAUUCAUGGUUUCGAGUUCACUGUCGAUCAAGAGAGAGAGAGGCCACAGGGCCUAUAGUACACGGGGUAAAAGGACUCUUGUAUCGACGCGAUAGAGCUCCGGUACGACGGGGGUCAAAAACCGUAAAGGGGUGGUCAUGAUCUGAUGCAAGGGGUGAUGCAAGCAACGAUAGAGAGAGAGAGGGUUAGUGGGAGGGCAUACUUUCUGCCCUCGCAAUAUCAGGGUAGCCAUGUUGCAAACAUUUCUAACGAACAAACCCCUGCAAACAUCUCGAGGGCUCGGAACGCUUGAAAUAUUGUCUGCGAAGCGUUUAGCCAAUGUUGACACCCUCGUUACAGAUGCAAAAUUCAAAGUGACAGGUGUCCCGUUUAAUUGUACGCCGUAAAAUAAACAAAAUUGUUGGUAACGAGUUGCUUAACGCUAUGCCAGUAAUUUCUUAAGCACGUGACAAUUUUGAUAGCACAAAAAUAAUGAUAAAUUUAGAAUGCCGCGGUCACUACCGCGGUUGUGUUGAGCGUCUGUCAUAGGGUUAACAAAAAUGUAAUCGCGGAAGGUUUGUGGCAGACGCGGGGAAAAAUUGAAAAUAUUUCAAAUUUGAUUAGGGAAAAAAUUGUGCGUUUGCCGGGACAAGGGGUGCUAGUUCGAUCGACGACGGGAGGUCGCAGUUUAUUUAAGAACACGCAUACGUCUCUUAUUAGUUCGAUCGGCAACCCCUCGUAGUGUACGCGCGACUCGCUAGAAGGAGAUACGUAAUAUAACGAGGGGUUCGCGAGACGGGCAUAGCCGAGGGUGCGCGACCGUGGCCGACCGCUUCCGAACUCGACCGAACAGGCUCGCGAAGCGAUGCAAGCCGCUCGUAGUACGGUUGGUGUGUCCAGUCUCUAGGCAGCCCCCGCCCGUGUCGUGUCGUUAUUUCCGUUUCCUUAGUAUAGUGUUUAACGCUUUAAUUUCUAGUCUCGUGUAACCCUCUUACACAUUCACACACGUACACACACACACACACACACACACACACGUAAUCACGCUCUCUUCUUUACGUACACAUACAUUCAUACGUCGUACUCCCUUUUUUCUUUUUUACGGUCGACGUAUACGAAAUUUGGUAGUUUCGGUUUCCGAAAAUAUUAGACGCAAAACGAUUUCCGGCUCUCUGCUCGCAGAUACACAUAUACACACACGCGUACAGACAUAUGUGCUGGGCAAAGUGAAAUCGAAGGACCGUCGACCAGGAGACGAGCAUAAAUGCCGAUUUACGAGCGCUCGCGUCGUACUUUUCUUUCAUUGAUUUCCCCUUCUGUUCCGGGCGGCGGUGCGAGAGCGUGAUAGUAGGUGUACAUAAAGAGAGAGAGAAACAGAAAAUAGAGAAGACGAGAGACCGGCGCGAUCCAUCGACGAGACCACGAGAGUAGUCGUGUAGCACAGGCUGUUUGCACGGUGCUCGGUUUCGCGUGCGACCGAAACGUUCGAAGAAAAAGGGAAGCGACGUUUGCGUCGUGAAAACGAAGCACGAGCAAAAGUGUCGCGUCCCGGCGGAAAGUGUUCUCUGUGUCUCUGUGUGCAUGUGUGUCGUGUGCUUUCGCGUGCAUCGAUCGUAAAGUAGAGAAGGUGGCUCCAGAUUAAAGAAGUUGGAAAAAGAUUUCGUACGUAGUUAGAAAGGACCCGGUAAAAGAGUGCAAUGAUGGCGAACGGAAUGGACACAGUUGUGCAACAAAACGGUGGAUCCAACCUCGGACAGGCGUCGCAGGAAGAGUCGAAGACAAAUCUCAUUGUAAAUUAUCUGCCCCAGAGCAUGACCCAGGAUGAGAUUCGUUCACUCUUCUCGAGCAUAGGCGAGGUGGAGAGCUGCAAAUUGAUCCGUGAUAAACUCACUGGCCAGAGUUUGGGUUACGGAUUCGUAAACUACCACCGGUCUGAGGAUGCCGAGAAGGCGAUAAACACGCUCAAUGGUCUUCGUCUGCAGAACAAAACGAUCAAGGUAUCGUACGCGAGACCGAGCAGCGAGGCGAUCAAAGGUGCAAACCUGUACGUGAGUGGUUUGCCGAAAAACAUGACCCAACAGGACCUGGAGAAUCUCUUCAGCCCGUACGGCAGAAUCAUCACGUCUCGGAUACUUUGCGACAACAUCACUGUACGACAGUUUGUGACCGGCGGCGGAGACUAUUUGCCCGGAUUGUCGAAGGGGGUCGGUUUCAUAAGGUUCGACCAACGUGUCGAGGCCGAGAGGGCGAUCCAAGAAUUAAACGGUACCAUUCCGAAGGGCUCGUCCGAGCCGAUCACCGUCAAGUUUGCCAACAAUCCAAGCAACAACAACAAGGCGAUACCGCCGUUGGCCGCCUAUCUAGCUCCGCAGGCGACCCGACGAUUUGGCGGCCCAAUCCACCAUCCGACCGGCCGCUUCAGGUACAUUCCACUGUCGCCACUAUCCAGCACUGGCAAGGCCGUGCUUGCCAUUAACAAAGGCUUACAGAGUAGGUACAGUCCGUUGGCAGGCGAUCUCUUGGCGAACUCGAUGCUGCCUGGGAACGCGAUGAACGGGUCUGGUUGGUGCAUCUUCGUUUACAAUCUCGCCCCGGAGACCGAGGAGAACGUGCUGUGGCAGUUAUUCGGUCCCUUCGGCGCCGUCCAAUCUGUCAAAGUGAUCCGCGACCUGCAGACGAACAAGUGCAAAGGCUUUGGUUUCGUGACGAUGACCAACUACGACGAGGCGGUGGUCGCAAUCCAGAGCUUGAACGGUUACACGCUCGGUAACCGGGUCCUUCAAGUGAGCUUCAAGACGAACAAGAGCAAAGCGGCGUAGGACGACAAGCAACAACAGCUAACAACAACAACAACAACAACAACAGCAGCAACCGCAUCACCAGGAACAGUGGCCACGGCUACGGCCGUGAUCACACCGUCAGUGGCUAAGCCCGUUGUCGCCACUCCAGCUUCAUCUUCAGCUCCCAU